AUGGAUGGAAAGAAAGGUUUCGAAUAUGCAUUCGGAAUAUGCCGAAUGAAUCUAAGGGUGGUGGGACUAUGGCCAAGUUUAAAAAGUACACGAUUCAAGGAAAUAAUUGCGAUUAUACUGUUCGCAGUUUCUUUCGUAAUUAUCAUCGUAUUUAUCAACAUAGUACAAACUACGAAGCUUAUCAUAAUUUGGGGAGAUUUGACGAAUAUGAUUGACAAUAUUUCUAUAGCCAAUUUACCAAUAGCUGUUGUACUUGUGAAGAUGAUUAUAUUUCGAAUACAUAAAAAAGAAUUAGGCACACUUUUAAAAGACGUAAUCGCUGAUUGGAACGCGCCCAAGACAAAGCGUCAAAUGGAAAAUAUGCGAAAGAACGCAUCGGCCGCUCACAAAAUUUCUUUUCUUUGCGUAAUCUUGGGUUUUGGCUCAGUAAACGGUCAGGUGGUAACGAGAUUAUCCCAAGAGUUUAACAUCCUACCUGGACCACUAGAGAAAAGACUACCGAUGGUUAGCUCGUACUUUCCGUAUAAUUACAAAAUUAGUCCUGUGUACGAAAUUACCUGGCUGAUGCAGUAUAUUGGUGCUGGCCUUGCGACUCUCGUCUACUCUGGAAUUUAUUGUUUAUUUGUCGGUUUGGUACUACAUCUACGUGGACAAAUAGCCAAUUUGAGACUGAAACUCGAUGACUCGGAUGAAAAUAUUAUUAGCUCUAGAAUGGAAUUUCGAAAGAAUAUUAAAUCAUUUGUGAUUAGACAUCAGAGCCUAAACAGAUUUGCAAAGAAAAUUGAACGGAUUUUUAACAUCAUGUUUUUGGCAGAGAUUCUAUCCUGCACUGUGCAAAUAUGUCUACAACUUUUCAUGCUAGUAUCCUUACUUACAGAAAAUAAAGAAAGUAUAUCAUUUUUACAAAUACUUUUCAUGACGAUUUAUGUCAUGCACGUCGUUACUCACGUAUUUAUAUGUUGCUACGUUACUGAUAAAUUACGUGAUGAAGGUUUAUCUAUAUGCGACUCAUCUUACAAUUUUCAAUGGUACAAUUUGCCAGCUCGAGAUGCCAGAUUAUUAAUCAUGAUAAUGCAUCAAGCCGAGAAGCCAGUGGAAGUAACUGCUGGGAAAUUUGUUAAAUUUUCACUACGGCUGUAUACCCAAAUCCUAAAAACCUCUGGUGGUUAUUUAUCGAUGCUAUUGGCUGUCAAAGAACGAAUUCCGGAUCCAUUACUAGAAUUCGUCACGUCAGACUGGAACAGUGUGAAUUCCAAAGAUGGCCUGAAGAAUAUGCAAGCAAACGCAAUAAUAGCACGCAGGAUGUCGUGGAUUUGUGCCAUCUUAGGAUUCGCUACAGUUCAUGGACAUUUGUUAAUUAGAAUUGGACAGGAGUUAGAAUAUCUACCAGGAAAACCAAGUACACGGCUGCUCCUCGUUGACUCAUACUUUCCUUACGACUAUAAGCCAACUCCAGUUUAUGAAGUUACGUGGAUAAUGCAGUACUCUGGUGCUGCUCUCGCUACAUUUGCUUAUUCUGGAAUCUAUUGUCUGUUUGUUGCUCUGGUGCUACACUUGUGUGGGCAAUUUGCUAAUUUGAGGGAACAGCUGGAUAAGCUAUUGAGUUCCAGUAAAGACAUGGGAUUUCCAGUACUCCACCUUCUUUUCAUGGCAGUUUACGUGAUGCACAUUGGAACACAUUUAUUUAUUUGCUGCUAUGUUGCUGAAAAACUUAAAGAUGAGAGUUCGUCAAUUUUUCGAGCAGUUUACAACUGCAAAUGGUACGAACUGCAGCCUAAGCAAGCCGCAUUAUUACUCAUCAUAAUGCAGCGAGCUAAAAAGCCAUUAAAAGUAACGGCAGGAAAAUUUUGCUCAUUUUCUAUGAGUUUGUAUGCUAAAUUCUGGUUCAAAAGACAAGUAUUACGAGAUCUAAUCGACAUGGUACAUAGUGACUGGUUGCGUGAAAAGAGCACGAAAGAGUUAGAAUUGAUAGCAAGUACCACGGCAGCGAGGUCAUUGGCGACGGUUUGUGUAAGCCUUGGACAGGGUGCUUGCCUAUUUUAUCUUGUGCUACACAUUUACCUGCAAUUCACAUUGAAUUUUGACUUUCGACUUUUGUAUUUAAAUGCUUAUAUACUUACAAUAGUCGAAAAUCACCGAAUUGCGAGCACAUCUGGCUAUUCCAAUAUGAUAAAGCAUACCGACGGUACUUUAACAGAAGCGCUAUUUGUCGUUGGUUUCACAUACUUGUCAAGUAACUUAUUCAUAUGCUGUUACGUAGCUAAACAGUUGCGCACAGAGAAUACAAAAAUGAAAUUACGGCUGUCAGAAUUAGAAUAUUCAAUUUAUCCUAGCCGAUUGUGUUUGAGUAUCAUCGGCGUCUGGCCUAACUUGAAUGAAUCACUGUCAUUCAGCAUCGUAUCGUACAUUAUGUUUGUCCUUUCGUUAAUAAUGAUAAUUUGGUUUGUCGUGAUCUCACAAACGUGGAAAUUAUUUUUGGUUGGUAAUGAUCUCGACAGCAUUGUCGACAUUCUGUGCACUGCUGACAUUCCUGUCAUAGUUGCACUCGUCAAGAUGACUGUUUUGCGUUAUUAUUCGGAAGUGGCGAAAUCGCUUUUAAAAAACAUCAUCGAGGACUGGCAUUCUGCCAAUUUAUCCGAGCAUGCGGCAGCGACGCGUGAAAGUGCGCUUAUGGGUCGUUGGAUAGCUAUAGCCUGCGUGGGUAUAGCAUACUUUACGUCCAAUGUAUUUUUUCUCGUCAGACUAUUCUUAUUGCGUGAGAAACAAAUGAGAACUGGGAUCAGACCAAUGCUUUUUGAAUCGCAUUUCCUCGUGAACGUCUCCGAUUCGCCUUGGUUCGAAAUCACUUGGUGCAUGCAAGCUCUGACUACGAUAUCGGCGACAACUGCUUACGCGGGAAUCGAUGGUUUCUUUGCUGUACUUGUGCUUCAUCUCUGUGGACAACUUACCGUGUUGAAAGAUCAAUUGAUUAAACUAGCUGAAAGAAGUGAUGAGGCUUUUGCUGCUCGUAUCAAACGAAUCGUCGUAAGGCACAACCAGCUUAACAAUUUUGCAAGCAUCAUUGAGAACACUUUCAAUCUGAUGUUUCUUGCGCAAAUCAUGGCAUGUGCCAUUCAAUUUUGUCUACAAGGCUAUCAACUCGUCAACAUCCUAAUGGACUCAACUAUGAACCUUCCUAUACUUCAACUCAUUUUCAUGACAUUUUUCAUCUUAUACAUGUCGUUGGAUUUGUACAUCUAUUGUUACGUGGCAGAAAAGUUACGAACAAAGAGCUUGGAAUUGUCGCAUGCAGCAUACAAUAGUAGCUGGUAUAACUUGAAGCCAAAAGAAGUUUAUGAUUUGAUGUUCAUUGCUAACAGAGCACAGUAUCCGCUAGAAAUAACAGCUGGAAAAUUUUGUUCAUUAUCGCUUCGACUCUUCGCUGUUGUUGGCAAAACGUCACUAGGAUAUCUAUCGAUGUUGUUAGCAGUAAAAGAAAGAAAUCUUGUUACCUGAUUUGCGAGGCUGUGACUUAAUCUUAUCUACUUUCGAAAUAUAAGAUUUAGUAAUAAAUACUUUCAACUAUUAACGGUUUUAUAGAUUUAAUGCAAUAAUUCUCUUUGUAUGCACUACAAAUAACGCCAUGGGAUUCACCUUAUUAGAAGCCCAAAAAUAUAUAUUUAUAAAAAUUCAAUGAAGAACGUACGUUAACAUAAAAAUUUAAGGUUUAUUAAAUUAUCGCUGUGAAUAAUAAUAAUGAGAUAUUUUUCUUGAAUAUCGUAGCAUACUACACAUUCAAUGAUAUAGUGAUUCAAUGAUAGAUUUCGAAUUGGCUACUCAACGAACGUUGUAAUUAAGGUAUAUUGUUGUAGCAUGUCAAACCAUCAAGUUAAGUUUUCUAGACGAUGUAUGCAUCAAAAAUAAUUUAUAGGAAAACUAUUGAAUAUUUUUAAAUUUAAAUAUCAUAUAAAAUAGCAUUAAAAACUUACUAAGCGUUUGAAUGUAUUAACUCAUAAA